AUGGAUCAUGGUGUGGUGCAAAAAUGGCUCCGCAGCGUGCUCGGCGCCUAUACGGAUCCCGACCGCGUCUUUGCCGAUGUCGAUCGUGCCUUGAUUGCUGUCUCGUCCCUUUCACCAAAGACGGAGGUAUUCACUUUCAACGAUGGCCGAACGCAGCUUCUGAUCAGCUUGGAUGGUACGAUACCGGUCGAGUUUCGCAACACUACCUACAACAUUCCCGUUGCCUAUUGGAUUCCGCGAGACUAUCCACGCGAACCACCGAUGGCGUUCGUAGCACCGACUCCUGACAUGGCCAUUCGUAAAGGUCCCAAUGUUGACCCAAGUGGAGAAAUCGGCGGCGACUACCUCAGCCGAUGGCGCAGCAAGCCGGAAGCUUGCAACUUGCUCGACUUGAUUCACGACUGCCAGCACAUGUUUGGUCGUGAACCUCCGGUCUAUGCCAAGCCAAAACCUACGCCGGUGUACGCUACUACCGCUUCCUCUUCGCGCUUUUCCGCGAACCAGCAGCUACGCUCGCAUCCUCCAACGCCGCAGCGCCAAGCGAGUACGUCGAGCAACUUUGCAGCACAGCGUCCUGGACCUCACCCGCCACAGUCAGCAUCUCCAAAGUCCCCACAUCUAGCAGCAGCUCCUUCUUUUCACAGUGCAGCUAUGCACGAUCCGCACCAGAAGCCGCCACCACCAGCGCCUGGCACACCCGCCAGCUCUCAGGAUGCCUUUGCCCCACACCGUCCUCCUAAGCCGUCUUGUUCUCUCGGUGCGGAGGCGGUCUAUGCUCCCAGAUCUCGCCCUCACAGUUUCGCGGCAUCUGCAGAUCAGCAUGGUUGGUCACAGCCUGCAGCCGAACUACACUCACCUCACCACUCCGGCACAGCACGCUUUGCGGCUGACCAAACCUACAGACGUUCAUCGGGAGUAGGUUUGGCGCCGACGGGCUUGGACGAUCCUUCUCAUCACGGUGCGCCCAGUCCAGCAGAGCAUGCACCUCAGUCGCCCCAGUCUCUGUCACAAAGGGCACCAUGGCAGUAUAGCAGCGCGGACCGUCUGCAGGGCGUACAACUGGCGCAUCACGGUUCACAACCAUAUCUGCCGCAUCAUCCACAAGAAACACAGCAGCGCCAACAGCAUCAACAGCAUCAACAGCGUUCUCACACAUACCCCCACACAUCAUUGGAAUCGCAUCCAGGACCUCAGUCACUUUACAAUGAUAGUAAAGCUCCAGCGCCGCAACAUAUGCAGCCAAACGGAACGGUGAUUCAGCCCGCGUACGUAUCGGGUACGCCGCAGUCGCAGUCGCAGUCGCAGUCGCAACCGCCGCCUCUACCUGGCGCGCAUCCUUACCAACCACGUCCGAGUCCAGCAGCUGGCAGCGUGUGCGACAGUGCGAAUGGAUACCAUGGCUCAGCGCAGGUGGCUGUUGCGCCGAAAUCCAAAGGCGUCAACUUGUUGGAUGACGAAGAAGAUGCUGCCGGUGCGGACGCGGGUACAACAGGAGCAGAACGAUUGAUGAGCAACACCUCAGGCGUUGCUCCUCCACCACGACCUAUCAAUCCGGAAUUGCUUGCACUUCACGAUCGUGUAUUCAGCAAGAUUGAUUCGAGACUCAACGCGCUCGCAUCGACGUUGGGCGCUUCGAAUGCGCGACUUGAAGUGCUCUCGUCCGACUUGGACCGCGGGCUGCCGGCAAUCCAAGACGAAAUGUCUCGCCUAAAGGCGGUGCGUGAUGUAUGCAAGACCACCGGCGACCGGUUGGACGCAUCGGUAGCCGAAAUCACCGAGUCGCUUCGUACCUUGAACGCGAGGGAAGAGCCAGAUGCGGAUAGCAUGGUAUUGGCCACCAGCAUCGUUGGUAAUCAGCUCGUCGAUCUGGUCGCAGAGGAUAACGCUAUCGAGGAUACCCUGUAUCAUUUGGGUAGAGCGUUGAAUGCUGAGAGAUUGGAUCUCGAGAGGUUUCUCAAGCAGACCAGAUUGCUGGCCAGGGAGCAGUUUAUGAAGCGCGCCUUGGCCAUGAAAAUCAGUGAGGCGAUGGGAUGGGCGUACUGA